AUGAGUACAUAUGAGCCUGAGAAGUACCUACCCACUAUAGAUGCGAUUCUUAGUGUUGCAAAUUUGGAGGAAAUCACAGUGAAAAAGAUUAGAAAAGCAUUGCAGGAGUUGUUCGGAGUAGAUUUGAAUGCACAUAAGAAACAAAUCAACGAAGUGAUCUUGAACCGAUACUACAAUCUUCAGAGAAUCCGAGAAAAGGAGUCAGACGAUGUGAAAAAGAGAGACCGGGAUGAAAUGGAGCGUCAGGACGCCUUACUUGCUGCAAAACUACUGAGACAAGAAUCGGCCAGACAACCAAGAACGAAACGUAAAGCAACCAAAGUGUCUACAACCAAAGAGAAGACAAAGCGAGCUCCAAAUAAUGCGUUCAAUCGAGAAAUGGCUCUAAGCCACGAACUACAGAAUGUCAUUGCACGGGAAAGGUGUUCACGACCUCAAGUGGUGAAACAUUUGUGGGCAUACAUCAAAGGCAAUAACUUGCAAAAUCCUGCUGAUAAACGACAAAUUAUUUGUGAUGAUAAGCUUCAAAAGUUAUUCAAAAAGAAGACUGUUGGUGCAUUUGAGAUGAAUAGAAUAUUGUCAAAGCAUAUUUUCGUGUUCGAUGAUAUUGAGGACAACCAGUCUUCAUCGCAAGCGCAAGAAGAGGUAGUUAAUGAUGAUGACGAAGAAGAAGACGAUGACAAUGUUGCUGAUGAGGGAAAGAAUGAACCUGAUUCCAUGGUAGAUAACAAUACAGAAGCAAAGUUAGAGGAAACUGCAAAACAAUUAGAAGAGGUACUAACAUCGGAGGAGGAUUGA